UAAACGUCUCUGCAAAUAAAAGAACAACUAUGAGGCUCUGUGUGGCUGUUCUCCUGUUUCUCGUGCUGUAUGGACUGUCUGGUUUCAUCAGAGCAGAGGGAGUUUAUGAGGCGGCUGAAGGAGGAAACAUCACAGUUGGAUGUCAGUUUUAUAUAAAUGGACACACAAAGAUCUUCUGUAAAAAUAACUGUGACAAAGAAGAAAACAUUUUGGUCAAGACUUCAGAAAAUGAGAGAUGUGAAGGAAGAUACUGCAUUAAAUAUGAAUACAAAGGUUUAUGGAAUCGUUAUAUCAUGUACGUGAACAUCACCAAUGUGACCAAAGCUGACACCGGACGAUACCAGUGUGUUUUGGAAAGAAUCUACAUAAUAGAUGGAAACCAUGAAUUUAGGAUUAAAGUCACAAAAAAUGCAGCUUUAAAUCCAACUUAUACUCUUCAACCAGAACCUACAGUCACUGUGAAACCCACCACUGAUAUGGACCUGACUGUACAAACAGUGUCCAGGUUUCUGCUGCUGUUGACUCUGAUCCCUGUGGUCCUAAUCACACUGUGUGCACUGGUCUUCUACAGAAAAAGGAAAGUACAAAAUGAGAAUGAAGCAAAUGAUGAGGUUGUAAUGAACGAGAACUGUCCAGCUCCCCCUUCAGAGCCUGCAGACUCCACUUACCAGAGUCUCAGUGCAGACACAAGAGACCACACCCACAUCUACAGCUCCCUCCACCCACAGCCCCCACCCAGCAGCAACACCGCCCCCUGCUGAUCAAAGCCUCUGACUACACCCAGUCAUGUCAAAAGUGAUGCUGAAUAUGUCGGGAAUAUUUUUACAUGUGACGCAACAAUCCAGGCAAAAUAAUAAUAAACAUUUUUGAGUGUUCAGAGAAGACGACUUUGAAUUAAUGGAUUAAAUAAACAUGUGAAUGAAACAAAAUACAAUUCUGGGUAUGUUUUU